GCUGUUUGAUGCCUUGAUUAUUCCUUGCGCUCGCGGGCUUCGCGGGCGCUGUGCGCCACGUGGCGGCUGUCGCCCAUGAUGUCCUCGUUUAAAGGGUCUCCGUCGCCAGACAUCUUGGCCACAGAGCCACAGAAGACGCAGCAACUGGGGAACACCCUCCAACCAGGCCUGGAGCACAGGCCGUUUACAGACGACGAGAUCAAGGAGGCCUUUGCCACCUUCGACCUGGACAACAACCGCUUCGUGGGUGCUGCCGAGAUUUCUCACAUCCUGAAGCUCAUUGGCGAGGAUGUCUCGCAUCAGGAGAUUGACGAGAUGAUUCGCAUGUGCGACUCCGAUGGAGACGGGCAGGUAACAUUUGAUGAGUUUUACAAGAUGAUGACUACGGCUGCGCCGCCAUUGCCUCCGCCGGUCAUGUCCAACAAGAAGAAGCCCUACUCAGACCAAUUGGGAGGGGCCAAGAGGUAUGCAAAGCAACUUACCGAGACAGGCCCAACCUUCGCGCAGAAGGCCAAGGAGGACCUCAGUCAGCACAAGGGCGACUGGCGUGCCCAGCAGGCGGCGGCCGCCGCCAGCGCCAAGGACCGGCACCAGCGCUCCAUGACAGUUGAGGCCUUGAUCCACAAGCUCUCGGGUGGCAUGGGCAAGAUCAAGCCAUCACAGAUCAAGAAGAUCUACAAGCGCUUCGGGGACAUCGAUGUCGACAAGAGUGGAGCCAUCGAUUACGAGGAGUUCAUCCAGGCCAUGGAUAUGGAGGACACCAACAUUGCCAGGCAAAUGUUCAGAGUCUUUGAUAUGGACGGCUCUGGCAGCAUUGAGCUGAAGGAGUUUAUUGUGGUGCUCUCGCGAUACACUGCGGCAGCAAAAACGGAGAAGCUGAAGUUUGCCUUCAUGAUGUUUGACGAGGAUGGUAGUGGCCUCAUUGAGCGCAGGGAGUUGGUGGAAAUGCUUCGAGCCAGCUUCGUGGUGGAAGGCUUUAGCCCCGAGGAGCUAGAAGAGCGGGCGGACAAGGCGCCUGACAUCGACGAGGAUAAGUACAAGCUAUACGACGGUCGAGCUGCAGGAAGCAGACCAGUGAUGCCCGGCGAUCCCAUUUCUUGGCGAGAAGAAACUGGGUCCUUCGCCAGGCCCACCGAAGAGCUGAAGAGCCUUGAGGAGUGGUUGCAGCAGGCGGGGCGGCAGCGAGAGCGCAGCCGCUCCCGCAGCAAGGGCAGACAGGAGACCGCAACCGCGCCUACUGCAGCCGCCGCACCUGCGCCCACUGCGCCUACUGCAGUUGUCGCACCCGCGGAGAGAUUUGGAACGUCACAAAAGGACGAGAGUCCGAGCGAGGCGAGCAUCGUCCCACUGGUGAAGGCUGCGCAGACAGUGCCGAUGAAGGAGGAGCCAACCUCCGUCUCCCGGAGCAGCCUCGCGCUCAACGCCGACCACUCGGAGCUCAUGAGCUCUUUGUGGGCUGCCUUCGGAACCGCCAACGCUGCGCGGGCCAAGGUAACCCAGGCGGAGCAGAGCUACUGUGCUAUUCAGACCCAGCUUCAGAUGGCCAUGCAAAAGGGUGAGGAAGCUUUUGUUGCCGUGAACCACUGGGGCAGCAUGGUGGAGCAGCUCAAGAUGGAGCAGAUGACCUUUGCAAGCAUGUGGCAUGAGCCGACGCUUCAAGCACAAUGCCAACAGCGGCUAGGGCAAGCAAUGCAGAGCCAGAGCUUCGCGCAGCAGUCUAGUGAGCGGGCCAUGCAGGGCCGGAAGGCGGCAGAGGGCGCGCUGCGGGAGGCCAAUGAGGCGCUCCUGACGCAGCAGGCUGACAUGAGGACGGCCAGGGACGAGCUGCAGCAGGUGGUGAAUGCAGCCGAGGCCUUUCUGAAGGAGAACGGGACGGCCCUACCACAGGACAAGGUGCAGCCGCUCUGUGCGCUGUGCACCCGUUUCACGCAGUUCGCCCACCAGCUGGGAGCUAGCCAGGACUGAGACGGGCCCGGAAAGGGAAGAUGUGUUGCGC